AUGAACGCCGUCCCAGAGACAGGACAAACUGUGUCCCUGGGACUUUUCUACGGAUCUCAUGCCCGUCAGAAUGUGAAACGGGGCCCAUUUUUCUCUAGUCGAGACUGGAUAGAGGCUCGGCUUGCCUUUGCGAAGAAUGACUGCCAGGAAAUACUGGCGAAGUAUCCCGCAGGUGAUGACCUUGAUAGCGAUGCUGAGGAUGAAUUGGAAACUACUACACAGACGCUAGAACUUAUUAAAAAGCUGGAAAAUGUUUUCCCACGUGUUUUCCCUCCCGGUGAAUAUGUCCUGGAGCCAAGCAUGGUCUUCUAUGAUGACCUCUCACAGCAUAAGGGAAUCCUCCUGGUAGUGCAAUAUUUCGACAGCGGGAUUGUCCGUCACAUAAUUGAGAAGUGGGUUGAAGAUGUCACUGGCGGCAAUCAAUUGAACUAA